AUGUCUAAUCCCACAAUAUUGAUCGUUGGGGGCUCAUUCGCGCCACCUGAGAUAUACGAUAAUAUCGUCGAUGCUAUUGCGGCAAAAGGCUAUGAUAUUAAAGCUUUGCAUUACCCAAGUGUUGGCUUGAGGGCUGGGCCAAGACCGGAAAAGCUACCAACCAUGUACGACGAUGCUGCCUUUGUCGCCAAGGAGAUAUCUAAACUUGCGGACGAUGGGAAGGACAUCGUUCUAGUCGCCCAUUCCUACGGAGGUGUGCCAGCUACCGAAAGUACUAAGGGUCUCACGAAGAAAGAGAGGCAGAGUCAAGGAAAAAGGGGAGGAAUUGUUAGGCUUGCGUAUAUGACAUCAUUGGUACCGCCUGUAGGACGCUCCUCGCGGAGUCUUCUCGCAGAGAUCCCUAGCGAAAAUCGUAUCGAGUUUAAAAAUGAUGAACAAGGUUGGAUGGAUUACGUCGAUCUACCUGCAGCCGCUGCAUUGAUAAUCUCAGAUCUUCCCGACGAGAAAGAGAGAGUAGCAACUGUUGAAAAAUUCCAAACUCAUUCGUCUGCUAGUUUUGCUACUGAGUUGACGCACCCCGGCUACAAGGACCUCCCAGUGUCGUACUUGCUGUGUGAGGAGGACGCCAUUCUUCCACCCAAGUAUCAGAGAGAAUGGAUCGAGUUGAUUGAGAAAGAGAGCGGGAACAAGGUCGAUGUCACGUCUCUGCAGGUAGGUCACUGUCCUAGUUACACCAAGCCGCAGGAAGUGAUCAACUGGAUUGUGAAUGCAGCAGCAAAGGGUGAAAACAAUUAG